AAAGACAUAAAAAAAAAACCUAAAUUUGUUUCUUCUUCUUCUUUCCCCCCUCAAAACAGUGUUCAGCCAAAUUUACUCCCGUCUCUGAAAACUCGCAGCAGAGUCGCCGUGAUCCGUCCUCUCCGACUCGAUGACGGCAUUGUCUCAUACCAUAGAGCUUAGACUAGCUACCGCCGAGAAAGAAGUGCUUCAAGAGUUGGUGAAGGUAGUGCAGAGUCGAGGUCUGCGAGGCGAAAUCGGAAACUGGAAGGAGUUUUUAGAUCGCCGAAUGACCCUUCGACUCGUUCCCACGACGAGUUGGUCGCAUUUCUGACGACUUUCAAGAAGAAGGACGAUUUGCUGGUUCUGAAAUGUCACGCGAAUCAUCUUCUGAUUGAGAAGCUGAAGCAAGAAUCUCCGGAUAAUGACACUCCUGAGCAGAGUCUAGUUCGAUUGACUGUUGAGCAUCCUGCUUACUCGGUAGACUAUUCAUUCAAGCCAUACUCCGAGGACUGGUUUGUAUCUGAUGUUGGAAUGAAGUCGUCGAAGGUGAUGAGAUCAACAGAAAUGGUAGCUCUUGAUUGCGAGAUGGUUCAACAGAUGGUUCUUUGUAAAGAUGGCACUGAGGGUUUGGUUAGAGUUGGUGUCGUAGACCAUGAUUUAAAGGUGAUUCUUGACAAAUUUGUGAAACCGGACAAGCCUGUUGUUGACUAUAGAACAGACAUAACAGGGAUUAUUGCUGAAGAUAUCGAGAAAGAAACCCUCUCUGUGGCAGAUGUUCAGGAAACUUUGCAGCCCUUUCUUUCAAAUGGUACGAUUUUGGUAUGUCACAGCUUGAACAAAGAUUUAGAAGUGUUGAAGAUAGAUCAUCCAAGAGUAAUCGAUACAGCACUUGUGUUCAAGUAUUCCAAUGAACGAAAUCCCAGAAGAGCUUCACUUAACAACCUUUGCAAAUCUAUUUUGGGUUACGAAGUCAGAAAGACCGGAGUUUCUCAUGACUGUGUACACGACGCAGCAGCUGCGAUGAAACUUGCACUUGCUGUUAUAGAGAAAAGAGCUAACACAACAAUCUCACCAUCUAAAGAGAUGUUGGAGGUUGAGAAAUCAAGACUAUUUUUACAUAAAAUCCCUCACAAUGUGCCAUCUAAAGAGCUGGAGCAAGUUAUAUCUGGAAAGUUUAUUUCAGGAGAGUUUACACUUGAUGUUAAGCCAGCAAAAACACAGAGAGGUUGCUAUUGUGCGUUUGUUGUUUUCCAUAGUUCAAAAGAAGCAGAUCAAGCAUUUGAAAACGUUAAUGUAGACCAAGGACAGGAUUCAUUGGGUUUGCCACAAAAACUGAUUUUCUUUAAGCUGAGUUCUGGUUCAAGAGUUAGUGUAUUCGUCCGUAAAAUGGCUCAAGAUGAAUCCGUGUAGUAAAUCUCUGUGACUACUAAGAGAAUCUUUCCGGCUAAUUAUUUGUUGUUUUUAUUAAGAUUUUCUAUGUAAUAUAAGAACAGAAAACGACGACAAAAACUAAGUAUUGUUAGUGUUAACAUGAGUUUUUCGUAAGAAUCUAAGAGACCAAAGCAACUAGG